ACUGCGUGUGUACUCAUUCAAUAUGGCGUUGUUUUGUAAAAAUUCUUAAAUGUUUGUUGGGCAUGCUCGUUCCAAAGUGAAAGAUAUAAAGAGAAACUAUAAUUAUUUAGCAAAUUCUUAACAACUAACAAUAAUAAAAUAAAAGAAAUCAAAGAGACCGUGAGAGAGUGAGAGAAAGAGAGAGAUUAAAGACUUAAAUUGACGCGUGAAAAAAUUGCAAAUUUUGCUUCUGUUGUUGUCGGCGCCGGCGUAAAUUUUCAGGCGCCAAAAAGGGCACAAAAUAAUAAAUAGAAAAUGGAAGAGGAAAUAAUGCUAGCUGCAACCACCAAUGGCACGGCAUCAAAUAAAGUUGCGGAGCUAUUAGACGAGAAGGAGACGGAGGACAGCAAAGCCGCAGAAGAGGAAGCAGUUGCUGAAGAGGGGAAUGCAACGACUCAUACCGUAAGCCAGUCAGCAGCUGUGCAGGAGCAAGAAGAAGAGAUGGAGCAGGAGAUGGAGGUGGAGGCACAAGAUGAGGAAAUGGGUGAAGCGGAAUAUCUAGAAGAUGAAAUGCCUGGUGAAGAGUGUGAGAAUGAGAGGAAAGUAGGUGCAGAUGUUAAAAUCAAUAAAGAAAGAGAAGCACUAACCACAGCAGCACAGGAAACGGCAUAUGAUGAAGAAGAAACAGAGGCGGAGGUAGAAGCAGAUGCAGGAAAAGGGGCUGAGGCAGAUGUAGAGGCAACAGACUCACCGGCAGAAGCAGAGGCAGAAGAAACAGUUGAUACGGAAGCAGAGACUGAGGCAGAAGACAAUGAAGCCACUGUAGAAGAUGUCGAAGCUGCUGAGGAAGAAGCUGACCAAGAGGCAGACACCGCUGACGAAACUGUAGAAGAGCUAGUAGAAGAAGCAGAGGAAGCAGAAGAUGAAGGAGAGCUAAUCACGGGCGAUGAUGCGCAGGAAUUGCGAACAGAACAAACAAAUAUCAGUGAACGUCGAGCGGGUGCUCAAGUGGUGGAGGAAGUGGAUGAAACACAAUGUCGUGUCUGCACUAGCAAAGAGCACCUAGUCAGUCUCUUUACGAAGACCAGCCAAGGCAGCACGCCGGUCGACAUGUUGCUGCUUCUCUGUCCAAGUGUUGUCAUAGCGCCCAAGGACUUUAUGCCACAGUUCAUAUGCAAUAGCUGCUUGGAGAGUCUCACAGUUGCCAUAAAGUUGCGCCAGCAACUGGAAAGUACGGAAAAGGAUCUGCGCAAGCGUUUGUCGAGGAGCAAGAACAAAGUGCGUAGACCGCGUGGUUAUGUCGUCAUCGAUGCGCCUGUCUCCGAUUCAGCCAGUGAGGAGGAUGAGGAGGAGCUGAAUGACGAUGCUGAAUUUAAGGUCUCCGAUGUAGCAGGUUCCACUAGUGCCGACAGCGACUCGGCGGACACGGAUAUUAGUGAAAAGCGUAAGCCGGGACGUCGUCGUGGUCGCAAGAAGGGCACAAAACGUUCAGCUGGUGCUAACAGUCAGGAUGAGGAGCAUCAUAAGAAACGUAGCCUACAAAUCUCACCAGCUACCACCAGCCAGGGACCUUUCGAGUGCGAUCAAUGCGAUUUGAGUUUUCCCAGGAAGCAAUCGUAUGUGAUGCAUCGCAAAAUGCACGACGCUCGUCACGAGUUUCAUUGUCAGAUAUGCAAUAAAAAGUUCAAGGUACGGGGUGCCUACAAGACGCACAUGGAGCGCCAUGCAUCAGAGCGUGCCCAGUUCCGCUGCGAACUGUGCGCCCAGGUGUUUCGACUUCGAGCCGAGCUAAAACGUCAUAUGGCACUAAGCCAUGAUGAACACGGCAUUAUCUAUGAAUGCAAGCGAUGCCAGCGCACGUUCCUUACUCAAACGCGCUUGCAACGCCAUCAGAGCACCAACUGCAGUCGCCAUUCGGAGGGCAGGGUCAAGCGGCAAUCGACGGAAGGACAACCCAACCAGGGAAGAGAUCUAUUCAAGUCUGUGGCACCUUUGACAACGACCUACUGGAGCGAUAGCUUCUCUGACUAAUCGACGACAUCUCCAUUUGCCUUCUACAAUUUCAUCUAAAACUGUUCAAUACAAAUACAAGAUGUAUCAUCAGGACAAAACUAAAA